UCAGGCCCCAUGCCGCCAUCAGGUCCCACGCAUGAGGAGUCAGUUGCUGCAGAGGUGGAGAGGAGAGCAGAGAAUAUGAAGAAAAAACUCCUGGGAGAAGAUGAGAUAGAGACCCCAGUGGUCACUGAGAGGGAGUCCUGGAUGACUGAACUGCCCCCUGACAUGGGGGUCAAUCUCGGCCUUGGACCAAGGAAGUUCAGGUCUCAGCCUUUGCCAGAGAAGGGAGACAGGUCUGCAUGGACUGAUACUCCAGCUGAUAGAGAGAGAAAGGCAAAGGAAAUGCAGGAGGGGCGUGGCAGUAAGCGCCAACAUGAAGAGGUCUUUAUUUCUGAAAGAGACAGGAAGAUAACUGCACAGCUACAGGAGUACAAUGUGAGUGUGUCAGUAUAUGGAAGAGGUUGA